AUAGCAACCUAAUUGAUUAGGGAUGAGAGGGAUAGGAAAGUGGUAAAUGGGACUGUUUUGGCUGCUUCAUUAAGGCCAUAUUAUAGUGUGUUAAUGGGAAGAAAUUGCACAAAUUAGGUCUUUAGGAAUUGGCUUAUGGAAAAUUUGAUAUAUGGUAAUAAGUAGUUAAAAGUGUAACCAGCAUUUACUGGCGAAACCGUGCUGAUUGAUUACGAAACCUUUUCUCUUGUUUCUAUUAUAAUUGAAGACUUGUUCAAUCUCAAAUUACUCCUUUACUUCCAGACAUUAGGUAUUUUUAAUAUUUCUAUAAUCAAUUAGAGUGAACUUGUACGGAAUGGACAUUUUGUGGCUAUUCGAUUUCUCUGUUUAUCUUGUCCCCGAAAUAGGGAUUUAUUCAAGUAUGUGACGUCUCUGAGGAGUUUGUGCGCACAAGUUGUCCUGUAGACCAGCAUGAUCUCAAUUGAGCAAUCUUCUCAAAAUUCCAAGUCUAUGAGUUCUGAUGAUGAUGAAUCAGCUCUUCUUGAUGAUGUGAAAGUAUGUGAUAUAUGUGGGGAUGCAGGUCGUGAAGAUUUGCUUGCUGUUUGUAGCAAGUGUGGAGAUGGUGCAGAACAUAUAUAUUGCAUGCGCACAAUGCUGGAAAAAGUUCCUGACAACAGUUGGAUGUGUGAAGAAUGUGUGCUUUCAGAAGAUAAACAUAAGGCGUCAAAAGCCAAAAUGGAACAAUUCAUUGCCUAUGGAAGGCAAAACUCCUUAAAUCAAACUUGCAGAAGUGAAGGGCUAUCAAGAGGAUCUGGUCGUAGAAUACAUGCUCAACUGAAUAGUACAGCAUUAGUCAACAGAAGCAGCAGGGAGAAAGUCAGUGCUCCUUCAUCUCCUGAGAGAAUUUCGAACAAUCAAAUAUCUGCGCUAACAGGAAGACCAAAAGCAGUAGGAAGCCAAAGUAAACCAUCUUCUAUAGCAAAAGACGGCAAAGGUCCUUACCCUCAGAAUCUGGCAAUAAAGCCAGGUCAUGAGCUCUCUUCUAGAGCCCGAAACAUGCAGGAAGAUGCCACCUUUUCUUCUUUAUCUGGAAACUUCACUAAAUCGAAGUCAUUCAGCGGUUCAGAUAAACGGGUGAAAGUCCUCCGUUUAGAUGAGAUUCCUCAAAACCAGAGAAAAGUUUCUACUGGGAGAGCAUUCCGUAAAUCUGUGUCAUUUAACGACGCAAUUUCUGGUCGCUCGAAUGCAGAUGGUCAAAAAUUGCAGAGGAUUCCACCAAAUACUUACGAGGACCGUGAUUUAAAGAGAUUAAGGACCAUGAAAGAACAUGAUUCAGUUGAAAUAUCUAAAAAAUCGCAGUUUUCAAGGCCUCAUUUAAGCUCCCAGGGAAAUGGUUCAUCUAUUUCUGCUUCACCAUGUGAUAUAGCCUCGACAUUACGUGUUGAAUCAAAAUCUACAGAAGCUUUUGGAACCAAAAUUAAGGAUAAAGAUGUCUUUAGUUCAAAAGACAAAGAUGAUGUCAUCCAGAGUUCACAGACUCUCACAAGUUCUGGUGCUUCUGAGGAGAUACUGCAUAGAGGUGAAAACUCUGAUAUCUCACUGGCAAAGGUUCCAAUGAGGUCUUCUAGUGCAAUUGGAGAGGAUGCACUGGCUUCUCCAAAGGAAUCCGUUUCUAUUCUUGAUGGAGCGAUGGUGAAAGACAAAAGUGGGAGUGAUUGGAUGGAUCUUGCUAGCCCAUCCUACAAACCGCUUGCAAUCUUGGCUUUUCCUAAGCUGGAUUAUAUAUGGAGGGGUGAGUUUGAAAUUCAGAGUGGGAGGCUUCCAAAGGUCCUGUACAGGAUUCAAGCACACCUAUCUACUCUUGCCUCACCGAGCAUUCCUGAAGCUGUGAAGAAGUUCUCUGACAAAGUCCUUUUGGAGGAAGUUUCUCGCUUGAAUGCAUGGCCUGCUCAGUUUCAGGAACAUUAUCCCCAAGACAAAAGCAUUGGGCUUUACUUUUUUGCGGAAGAUACUACAAGCUAUGGGAACUACAAGAGCUUGUUGCAUUGUAUGACUGAUCAGGAUCUAGCUCUAAGAGGCAAUCUCAAUGGGAUUGAAGUUCUUAUAUUCUCAUCUAACCUGCUUCCAGAGGGCUCAAAGUUGUGGAACGGCUUCUUGUUUUUGUGGGGAGUUUUUAAAGUGCAGAAAGGUCAAAAGUUGCAGCCAUCCUGAGACAUCAGCUUCACUUCUGUUGUACAUUACCUUUGCUUUGAGCUCUUAUCGACACUGAACAAAUUAAGUCCUUUCAAGAACAUAAGCAACAGACAUGCAUUCAACUAUCAGAUUAUGUUGGUGAAAUUCAUUUUGCAUGGAUGUCUGCUACAGGUGACUGACUGUAGGAACGGUUCUUCUGUAGCUUUAAUCUUCAGUGGAACGUUUAAGUACUGUAAAUCUGGCGAGGAGUAGAAGUACUGUGCUCCCUAAUCCAUUGUCAUUAAGACUCAGAGGCUAUAAUAUCUUCCAUGUACUUGUUUCCAACAAUUGUGCUUCGUUACUAGAUCCAAUCAGAGUUACUCAGAAAUGCAUGUCAUCAGUUUUGAUGUGCUGUAUAUAACUUUACCUGGACAUAACCAGUUCCUAUAUUGAAAGGCGGGACGGUUUACUUGAAUGCCGAGUCUUCUUAUUAGUCAAGCGUGCUACUUGCAAUCAAAAAAGUGCAGUCGCAUCCCUAGUUUACCAGUCUACGUGUAUGAAAUUACAACGAGAAACGGCUUCAUUUACUAUCAUCUAGUGAUCUUUAGCUUUGCUGUUCAGAUUUUUGAAGAUGGUGUAAUGCAUCUUAAAGGUCGAUUGACCGCAUAGAAUCUUUCGGUCAAUAGGGUGGAUCUGCCGUUUGCUGAUAUCUCUACUCUAAAUAGAGACUGUUUUGAGUUGUGAAAUUAUCACUAGGUUCUAAGGCUCAGAAGUUAUAUGUAUCGACAUUUUUCGAUACGACUUUUGAGGUUUCUUAAAUUAAUAUCAAAACAAAACAAAAGCUGCUCUUUGUAGUCGUUUUCGUUUGAAUAGUUG